AUGAGGACGUCUUUGUCUUGGUGUGCCCUCGAGGUGUCAUAUGAUGGCGAAUGCAAGGUUUCGUACACCUACGUUUACCCUGACGGGCGCACGUCGUCGUCAACAUCCACGACUUUCUGCCCGGCCUCGCGCCACGGCCAGCCUUGCGUUGACAAUAUCACCCACCCGUACACCCAGAACGUCUCAUACUCUGCCGCCUCAUCGCCUUCGGUUCCUCCCUACCAGUACGCGCCGCCCUCUCCCAGGUCCGACUACUACACCGACAACUACUAUGGUCGCUCCACCCACCGUCGAGCAAGCUCCUCGCCCCUCAACGACAGGCGCCCACGCUCCAGUGCUCCACGAGUGUAUGUCGACAACAACGCCAGGGUCUACGAAUCGCCAUCGUCUGUACCAUACUCAAAGUCACCGAGGAACGAGCCUCCCAUGAUCUUUGUCGAGGGUACUGGGAUCCGGAGGACGGCGUCUCAAGCAACCUCAUCGUCCCCGAACAUCGUUGAAGCCGCGCCGCGCCGAUCCCGCUCUACGACACAGCGGCCGGUCGUCAUUCACGACCCCGAGCAGAACCGUCUUGAUGUCGAUAUUGUCGAUGCCAACAAGGAGCACCGGAGGCGCACCAGCUCCGGCAACUACGACCACGGACACUCUCGCCACGGGUCUUCGCGUGGGUCGUCCUCUUCACACUCGCGCCACGGCUCGUCUUCCUCGCACUCGCGCCAUACGUCGGCAUCUUCGGGCCACUCGUCGUCGCGCUCACGGCGUCUGUCCGUGUCUUCAUCGCACUCUCUGGACGACGGCGACUCGAUCAUCAGGCGCUACCAGAGACAGAUGGAGGCCCAGCGCGUCGAGGACCAGAGGCUGGCCGAGGCCCAGCGCCAAGUCGAAGCUGAGAGGCUGGCGGAGGCACAGAGGGCUGAGGCGCAGCGGGAGGCCGAGAACCAGCGGCUAGAGGACCAGCGCAAGCUUCGCAUCAACGAGCGCAUCGCCAAGGCCAACGCCGAGAUCAACAGCAGGCCGUCCAUGCCCAUGCCUUCUGCAGCCCGCGGCGGCAAGUCUGACAAGGACCGGGAUGGUGGUCUGUCUGAAUCGAUGCGGGUGCUUGACAUCAGCGACGACGAGGAUGCGCAGUUGCGGAGGCUCAAGGACAGGAUGAGUCCGCGCCCAGGCAGCAGCAGCAGCCGCCGCCGCCGCAGUGGGACCUAUGAGUACUACUAG